AUGGAGAAGCUGAACAGCGAAGAUGGACAGCUUUUCAUCAAGAACCUCGCCAGUUUCGUACGAACGCAUGAGAAGGCAUUGGCGAACGCGCUGCAACUGAAACGUCAACCACCCAAAAAUGCGCAAAACACACACACUCAGUCCGGCUCGUCCGCGAGCUCGGCUUCUUCCACCCUGGCAGCUGCCCUGUCAUUCGGGCCUUUGAGGUUCGCCUCGCAGAGCGUCAAGCCUGCCAAACUCACCCUUACUCCUCACCACCUUUUCUACCUCCUCUCCUGUUUCGAAGAACUUUCCAUUGCUGUGGGUCCCCUGAAUGUUCGACUGGAGAACAUCCAUGCAGACAUCUCGCAGUCUUACGUCUCAUUCUUGAAUAAGCCCCAGCGCUCCAGGGGGGAUCGAGACUCGAUUCAUUCUGUAUCCAGUGUCCGUAGUGUCAUGUCUGGUAUGAGCUCGCUCUGGUCUUCAUUUGGCCUGGUAUCCAAGGACUCAGUCUCCAAGUCAGAGAAGGCCAAGGCGGCUCUAGAGGCGGAUACGAAGUAUCUCUACUCGGCCUUCACCAAGAUUCCUUGCCUACGACUAGCCCCUGACCGUCGUGCCCGUUUGAUUCGUGGGUACGAAGAGUUUCCCUUUGACACCGCAGUGCCCCUUCACUCCUUCAAGAAUUUGAGUGCUUUGGAGAUUAUCGAUAUAGAUUUCCGCUCCUUCUUCGGUUGGGAUAGACUGUCAGAGCAAUUGCGAACCUUGACGAUCAAGCGGGCAAACAUCGAUGAUCCCGCCGAGUUGCUGACUGGGAUUGUACUGGACGACAUCGAUAAACGUCGCCGCCGGUCAACUCGUCACCAUAACAAUGGACCGAUGAUGAGUUGGAGCCAACCUGUUCAUCCGCGGCCUGUCAACAACAAGUCUCAAACGCCUGGGUCCCUUUCGGCCCCAGGAUCGCCGGUCACAGAUACGGCUUUCGGCACGAGUUCGAGUCCUCAGGCAGCCUCGAUGGUUCGAAUGGCGUCGGAGGGCUCGAAGAGCCGUCAUCGGACCGGGAGCAUUUCUCCUUCGCGCCCGACUAGCUCGAAACAUUCGUCCUAUCGCCAUAGCCGGGGAAAUGUUUCUCGUAUCCGACGCACCGGCUCUGGCAGCUCAAACUCGAGCGAUACCUCGGGUCAUCGCAACGGAAGCUCCUCCAACCUCCUGACCGGUGUUCUUCCCGCGUCCAAAUGGAGGUUCUUGCGCCAUCUCGGGCUACCGGAUAAUUCUUUGACCAGCAUCUCUGCUGCAGGACUCGCACCUGUCGCCAAUACGCUUCAUUCGCUUGAUAUCUCGGCCAACCUUUUCACUGAAGUUCCCGAUAGUCUAUCGACGCUUGUCGCUUUGCGCGCCCUGAACCUGUCGCAAUGCAUGAUAGAGUCGCUCCAUUCAUUGUCUCGCAAUCCUCUUCCCGCCAUUACAGCCCUUAACCUUCGUGGCAAUCGUCUUCGCUCGCUCGCGGGCAUCGAAAGAUUGCUCUCAUUGGAGAGGUUGGAUCUCCGAGAUAACGACCUCUCUGAUCCGACGGAAAUUGCCAGGCUCACAAAUCUCCCUGAGAUACGGGAGAUCUGGGUGUCUGGUAAUUCAUUUGUUAAGACACACCCCAAUUACCGCGUGACCAUCUUCAAUCUCUUCCGUCGUACCCCCGGGUAUUCGGAAGAUAUCACUAUUGAUGGAUCCGGCCCCGGAUACACGGAACGGAAACAGCUGGUGGAGCGAGCUGCGGAACCCGAAGCUGCACCUGUCGUACGAUCGGCUGCGGCUGAUCACUCAGCCGUGAUCAGCAAACCGUCGUCCAACACCAUCAGCCAGGUAGCUCCUUCGCCUCACAAGCAGGAGCGACCCACUGGUCGUGUGUUUCAGGGUGAGUUUGAGGUGGGUUCGACUCGUCGGAAAAAGGGAGCUCGGCGGAGGAUCAUCGAUCGGCCGCAGGAGACACCCUCCACUGAUGGUAAUGAUACUCCAGGUGCAGUGGUGCCUUCUACUCUUUCUGUCCAGCACGUCCAACCACUUGAUGAUCCGUUUAUCUCGCCUUCUACCGACUGUCAAUGGAAAUCUGAUGGUGGACCUCAGGCCAGACUUCCUAGCCCCAAGAGCUCCGAGAACGUCGACCAUGAACAAAUUCACCCCACUGCUCAAAACGCAGAGAGUCUGACAACUCAGCCAGCAUCAGAAAGCCUGGCCUGGAGUAUGGAGAGGGAUUUCUACCGACGUGAAUUAGAAGCGCUCAGGCAGGAACUCGGUAAUGCAUGGCUGGCGCAACUUGGUGGACAAAGCUGGAAGCGCAGUUCGACAGAGGUCACUGUACCACGCACAGGAACAGACUUCACCGAAGCCACCAGAUUACCAGCCGAUUCCUUGUCUAUGGUGACCCCACCGGUCAUCCUGAGUGGAGGACAUGCUUUGACUUGA